ACCUCGUCAGGCUGUCCUGUUUAACUGCAUCCCAGGAGAUGCCUUGGCUGACUGGUAGGCAGCAGCUCUUGCCUUGUGGAAGCGUGGCUGCAGCUUGAGUUGUGUGGGAGUUUAGCUGACUAGACAGGGAGCUGUCCUGGAGGCAUUCGGUGAUUGAGGCAAAAGUGAAUGUAAGAGCCCUCCCAAGUAUUUGCUGUGUGAUGUCACAUCUUUGUAUUGGGAUCCUCUUUCUGCUGGCACAGAGCACAGCGACGUCAGGUCCUUGGAUGUGCCAGGACUGGGGCUGUCUGGGGAGAGGAGCUUUCAUGCAAGUUGUGUUGAAAACUUGUUCCCUGGCUGCUUUUGAGCCUGUUCUGCCCAUUGCUUAGACCUGCCCCCGGGGCUUGUCCUGCUCUAGAGCCCUAGGAUGGGCCAGGUUCUCUGGUCCAGCCGCCGGGGCCCAGUCAGCUUGCACUGGUGGUGGUGCCCAUGUGCCUUUGGAAACCUUGCGGCCCCUCUGGGAGCUGUUUGUCCGCUGGGAACCUUCCAUUCAAGGGUGGCCAGCUUUGCCCAGGCAAGGCCGGGCUGGCAGCUCAUCAGGAGAUCGGACUUCGAAGUGAAGCAGAUGGAUGCGCUUCAGUACAGAGUGCUUCUCUCUGGAGGAAGAUGAGCUGAGCCGGCACUUGGUUCCCACCUGCAGCGAUGCCAUCCUGGAGGCCGAAGGGAUCCUGGGAACGAUGCAGAGCUACCUGGACUCCUCCGUGAUCUCUAUCAUUGAGGACUUCGGCACCCUGACCGAGAACAAGACCUGCCUGGAUGCUCCAAAUGAGCUGUCCCUGCUGACGGCCAUCACCGAGAUCCUGGACAGCACGGAUGACGAGACGCUGUCUCCGUUUGACACCACCUUGGAUUCCGAAUUGCUGGCACUGCCCCGAGAACGCGAACGUUCUUCGUUUCAGAAGUUUCUCAGCUUGUCCCGGGCCUCCCCUGAACACAGAGUUCCUACCCUAGAUGAUCCAUGGGGCCUCAGCGGCCCAGCCGCCAUCGGCAAGGUGGAGACGGGCCCGGUGGAUCUGCCCUGGAACCGUCCACUGAGCUGCCUUGAAGAGCCAGCAACACUAAAGCCGCGCCCCAGCAGAGCGCCUUGGGCGGAGCGGAAGCUCCCCAGGCCCCAGCCCCUCCCGCAGCGCAGCGAUGGGGAGGAGGAGGAGGACGCUGCUAGCCCUGGGCAGCACAGUGGUGUGGCAGCGACAGGGGGUCUGCGGGAGAGCCCCAUGGAUUUGUGCGCCGAGGCUGGGGGUGAGGAGGCGGCAUGGCUGGAAGACACUGACACUCCCUGCAUCAUUAGCACAGGGGCCGGGUCCCUUAGUGAGCUGGUGAAGUCCAUGCACCCGUACUGCCUGCCCACGCUCACCGUGUGCCUGGACCCUGCCAGCGAGCCAGUGGCAAAGGAGUUCUUAUCUGGCCCGCUCCUGCUGGAGAUCGUGCCGGGUGAAGGUGAGAGCCUGGAGAUCCCCGUGGUCCUGCAGCAGCUGGGCCCAGGAGUCCAGCUCCCAGCUGAAGGGGAGGGAGCCAGCGGUUGCCUGCCUAGUGAGAGGGGUGGUGCCCUGGAGCCGUUGCUGACGGAUGGUGUGGUGCCAGUGGGAAUGCCUGCCCAUGGGUGCGAGACUGGGGGCCCCGUCAGGGCCCCCCAAGAGGAGCCUCCCAGCCCAACCCAGGCAAGAGAGUCCCCCCGGGGGAUUGACCCCGAAGUGAAGGACGAGGUGAGGCAAAGAGACCAGGAUCUGGAGAGCAGCUCUCGGCGCAGCACAGAGGCGCCAGUGGGCCGGAAGCAUCAGGGCACCGAAAAGGGCCGAGGGCGCGAGAGGGCCAGGAAAAGUCGGAAAAAGAAAAGGGAGGAAUCGCAGAAGGGCCAGGCCAAGCCACAUGGGGACUGCGUGGUGCGCAGGCUCCGCUCCACGUCCACGGUGCAGCCGCCAGCCCCCCAGCGCUCCCCCAGCUGGGCAGCCCGGCCCUCUGUGCAAGUGUCCACCUUCCUGGCAAAGCAACUGGAGCAGGCCAAGAAGGAAGGGCAGAUGGAGCUGCGGUCGGCCAGAGGGAGCCCUAGGGCGGCAGCAGCAGCCGGGGGCGGCCUGCAGAGGAAGGGGUGCCCUGCGAUGCAGAAGCAGCUGGAGGCGGAGAAGACCAACACGCAGCCAGCGGGGCAGAGUGCCGAGACCUCCGGGCCCUUGGAGCAGGCCGUGCACAGCCCCGGGGAGCAGGGAGAGGUAGCUCCUGGGUGCAGUGAGGGGAGCCAGCCUGCACCCCCCACAGGGAGCACCCCCCCGCACCGGGACCUCAGUGCUGAAGGGGAGGCUCCCUGGAGCCUGCAGGAAGCGGAGCGGGCUGGGACUGAGGCUGCUGGCUGGCCGUCCAAGCCCAAGGCGCUCAGCCUGACCGAGUACCGGCUGCGGAUGCUGCGCCGCCAGCCCCGCAGAGCCGAUGGGAAGGAGGAGGAGAAGCAGGCAGCAAGCAAGUGGCCCAGCGUCCCCGAGCCCCCCACGGAGCUGGCCGAGAUCCCAUGCCUAAUGGUGCCCGUCCGCCCCCCUCCCACACAGCCUGCCCAGCCCGUGGAGAUGCCCAGCUCCCAGAGGGGCCCGGAGACACCUGCCAGCCCCCCUGCCACCUCUCCUCUGGCCAGAAAGACACCUGCGGGGCCCCCCCAGCCUGAGCCGGCUCUAGUGCCCCCGGGGCUACAGCUGCCUGUCCCUCCACCGGCUCUGGGGGCUGCUGGUGCAGUGACGCCACUGGCCUCCCCGGCAUCCUAUGGCCUCUACCCACCGGUGCCUUCCUGGCCUUGCUUUGGGCCUCCGCCUGCCAGCUACCCCAGUCUGCCUCCACCACCGGCCGCAGGCGGGUCACCCAAUGCCUUUCACCUGGUGCCUGGCCUGCCCCCGCCAGCCGUGGCCUGGCCCCCCCCUGCCCUGCCACUCCCUCCCUUCGGCCCAGGCGCGCCGUGUGCCCCCAUGGGCUGGCCCCUGGGCCUCCAGCCGCCCUAUUGGCCCGGGAUCCCCCUGCCGCCUCCCAUGGUGUACAGUGAUCCAGGGGCCGCUCUGCUCAGCCCAGGGGCAAACCCCUUCCCAGGUAGCCCAGCCGCCCUGGCACCGAGCUGCCAAGAGCCCUCAGCUUUCACAGUACAGCCAACGAAGCCAGUGCUGGCCAGCCAGGCCACCACUGCUGCCAAGCAUGAGGUGCCAGCCCAGCCCCUGCAGCGCAGUGCACAGCCCUCCGGCCGGGCAUCUGAUCCCAGGAGGCAGAGCCGGCCUGUGGGCGAGUCACCUGCCCCCCAGCCUGUAGGGCAGCCCCCUAUUGCCACCACCCAGACCGUGGGAGAGUCAGCCGCUGCCUGGCCUGUGGGGCAGCCCCCUGCCCCUUGGCCUGUAGGGCAGCCCCCUAUUGCCACCGCCCAGACCGUGGGGGAGUCAACCACUGCCUGGCCUGUGGGGCAGCCCCCUGCCCCUCCGCCUGUGGGGCAGCCCCCUGCCCCUCCGCCUGUGGGGAAGUCGUCUGCUGCCCAGCACCCUAUUGUCACUGCCCAGCCCAUGGGGGAGUCUGUUCCUGCUGCUGCCCCUUGGCCCGUGGGGGAGUCAACCACUGCCCAGCCUGUGGGGGAGCCCCCUGCCCAAUCUACAAGGGAGCCCCCUGCCCCUCGGCCUGUGGGGGAGCCCCCUGCCCCUCGGCCUGUGGGGGAGCCCCCUGCCCAAUCUACAAGGGAGCCCCCUGCCCCUCGGCCUGUGGGGGAGCCCCCUGCCCAAUCUACAAGGGAGCCCCCUGCCCCUCGGCCUGUGGGGGAGCCCCCUGCCCAAUCUACAAGGGAGCCCCCUGCUCCUCGGCCUGUGGGGGAGCUCCCUGAUACCUGCCCCAGGGCAGCGGCUGCAGCUCCAGCAAGGGUCUCAGUGCCCAGCCUGCUAGAGGGGGCCCAGCCAGACCCCAAGGGAGCUGUCCUGCAAGAGCCCCGGCCGCCUGGGCACACGUCCAUCCCCGGGAAAGCGGGGGCACUGCUGAGAGCGCGUGAGGAGAGCCAGCCCACCAAGCCGGCCCCUGCCCGGCCAUGGAGACACCGACCCCUCAUCGGCCCGGCCCAGCCUGGCGCCAGCAAGGACAUCGUGCAGGCCUUCAUCAGCGAAAUCGGAAUUGAAGCCUCUGACCUGUCCAGCCUACUGGAGCAGUUUGAGAAGACUGAAGCCACGAAAGAGGAGCUGCACGUGCGAUGCCCUAGGGACAGGCUGGUGCUGAGGAAUGCUGGCAGGUCGGAGAGCCACCAGGACAAGAACCCGCCAGACAGCCUGCAGGCCCCGGAGCUGGCCAACGUCGCCGGCCUCACCCCGCCGGCGACACCACCCCACCAGCUCUGGAAGCCCCUGGCUGCCGUCUCGCUGCUGGGGAAGCCUGGGGCCGCCCCCCAGGAGGGCAGCCAGAGAACUGCCAAGUUCAUGGAGGCCAAGCCACUGCCCCAGAGCAAACCUCGGGGGAAGGGCCAGCUCCCCACGACCUGCGGCCCACCCCCUAGGCAUGUGGGCUCCGGAGACCAUGACUACUGCGUCCGUGGCCCUGCCCAGCCAGAGGAGGGCUCCAGGCUCCCUGGCACACCAGCCCCGUCAGAGCUGGGCUCCCGCUGGAACGUGAAGCAUCACCAGGAUAUCACCAUCAAGCUGCCCUCCUCCCUCCCCACACGGACGCUGGCCUGGCCUGGGCUCAGCCCCAAGCCUGGCACUGCCCCUGGUUCCGGCACUGCCCCUGGUUCCAGCGAGCAGCUGGAUCACCGGACUAGUGCCCAAACCCAAGUUGUCGCUGACCGGAGCAGCCCCCGCCCCUCGGUCCUGCUGUCUCCGGACACGUCCCCCUGCCGGGACGAGGAGCCGCGGACUCGGGACCCGCAGCUGAAGCAGCUGGCUGCCAAGAGGUCCCUGCGCUGCUACGGGAGACGUGGGUCAUCGCCAAGCCCCCGGGCCCGCGCCAGCCGCUCUUUCAGCUCCACGUCCAGCGGGGCCAGCGCCUCUUCGUCGUCCUCCUCCUCCUCCUCCUCCCGGUCUCGGUCCCGGUCGCUGUCUCCCCCACCAAAGCGGUGGCGAAGGUAUCGUUCCAGACGCUCCCGUAGCUCCCACUCCUCCUCCCGCUCUAGCUGCGGGUCGUGCGGACGGUCCCGGGGGAGGUCGUCGUCCUCAUCCUACUCGUCCAGAUCCUCCUCGGCUUCCCACAGCCGCUCCCCGUCCCCCCGCAGGAGGAGUAACCGGAGGAGAAGAUAUGAUUACUGCGACCCUCCGGAUCGCUGCCAGCACCAGAAAGUCCUCUACAAGGAACGUGCAAUAGAGGAGAGGAGAGUCGUCUUCAUCGGCAAGAUCCCCAGCAGGAUGACGCGGGCAGAGCUCCGGCACCGCUUCUCCGUGUUUGGGGACAUCGAGGAGUGCACCCUCCACUUCCGGGCUGAGGGGGACAACUAUGGCUUCGUCACCUACCGCUACGCCAAGGAGGCCUUUGCCGCCAUCGAGAGCGGCCACAAGCUGCGGCGCCCAGACGAGCAGCCCUUCGACCUGUGCUUCGGGGGCCGGCGCCAGUUCUGCAGGAGGAACUACGCGGACCUGGAUUCCAACCGGGAAGAUUUCGACCCUGCCCCCAUCAAGAGCAAGUUUGACUCCCUCGACUUUGACACCUUGUUGAAGCAGGCGCAGCGCAAGCUGCGAAGGUAGCACUGGACCCGUGGCGGCUGUGCCCGGUGCCUGCAGGAGGUGCCAGCCGGCGCCCCGGCCUGGCUGCAGCCCAGUAGGGCUUUGCAGAGAAACGCAAAAGACAAAAAAAAAGUGUCAAACCAGAUUUUUUAAACAAUUUGUUUUUAUAACAAAUAUUUAAGGCCGAUGAAUUGUCUCUGUUAACUGAGGGGCUGCCCCAGCCCAGUCGCUCCGGUUAAUAAACCCAGCUCCAACCCA